GUCGGGCACCCUGAGCGUGGAGGAGUUCAUGUCCCUGCCCGAGCUACAGGAGAACCCGUUGGUGCAGCGAGUGAUCGACAUCUUCGACACUGACGGCAACGGAGAGGUGGACUUCAAGGAAUUCAUCCUGGGGACCUCCCAGUUCAGUGUCAGGGGAGACGAGGAGCAGAAGCUGAGGUUUGCUUUCAACAUCUACGACAUGGACAAAGACGGCUACAUUUCCAACGGGGAGCUCUUCCAGGUGCUGAAGAUGAUGGUGGGGGACCACCUGGAAGACUGGCAGUUGCAGCAGCUCGUGGACAAAACCAUCAUCACCAUGGACAAGGACGGCGACGGCAAAAUAUCCUUCCAGGAAUUCAGUGCUGUGGUCGGAGGCCUGGAAGUCCACAAGAAGUUGGUGGCAAUUUUUUGAGCUUUCCUAAGAGCUCCACCCAACGACUUUUUCUUUCUUC